AUGGCUGAACAGGAUGAAGUCGCGAGCAAGGUCCUGCGAAGGGCUCAGGUCUCAAAGAUGACUCGAACGCUGCAGAACCGCCUCGCUCUGGCCAACGUCAAGAUGAAGAACGGCUGGGAGAGCCUCAGUCUGGAUGCCAUUGAACCUGUCCUCGACGGUGUUGAGCGCAAGCGCAAACGCCCCGGCUCUAGCAACGAAGCCAUGUCGGAUGUAUCGAGCGUCUCGGAGCGCUUCUAUCAACCCAGCGUCCUCGACUCCUCUCCACUCCAAGCGCCCAUCUUCUCAGACGAUAUUCGACGUUCUGUUGGUCGGUCCGUCAGCACCGGCAGUUACAUGCAAAACAAGCGCCCUCGUUACGACCGAACAAAGUACCCAGCAUCGAGCAACCAUGCCCGUGUCAAAGUUAGGACUGCCACCAGCGCUGCCACAUCGUGGAAGAACAACUUCCAGUUGCCCGAGUCUUCGCCUGUAUACCAUCGCAGACAUGCACGCUUCGGUCGUCAGCACGUCCCGAGCCUAUCCUUCGUCUCGGAAACCUCGACCGUUCCCGACCCGCACUCACCCCUACUGUCUGAAGACGACGACGAAGACCUACCCAUCACAUCCUUCUCUCUCAACAGAUCGCACUUCCAAUCCUCCUUUCAAUCAUCGCCCCCGAGAGCCCCACGCACACCGCCCCCGGACGUUGCACGUUCAGCACGUCUUCGACAACGCGGGUUCAAUGCUGCCGGCGCAGCUCGGGAAGGCAAACAAGGGGAUGACGAUGCAAACCUCUUGAUGUACCUAGCUACAUCACCGACGCCGGUCCGACCCGGCCACCAGAAGCCGCAAAUGCUGGCCCCAUCGACUCCGCCACCAAAAGCCACACCUCUUCCCUCGUCGAUGAUGUCCACACCCGGUGGUGGUGGCUCUCACUAUACAGGCUUUAGUCUUGCGACACCCUCAACAAACCUCAACUUUGCAGAAUUCCUCAACAUGUCGCCUAGUCCGGCGCAGGCAAAUGCUUCAUCGUGGAACCGCACACCUGUUGCCGCCCGAACACCCGCUGCUGUCCGGGAAGCACGACGUCAUCUCAACUUUGACAACAUCGUUCCAUCUGGUGACACUUCGCACAUGAGUGCUCACAUGGGAAAAGUAGAUGGCUUCGGCAUGGACCUCGGCGGUGAACUGAUCUCGUAA